AUGAGUCCAUUGACGAAGAUGAAGCUCCCCUGCCGUUUCAUCUUCUUCACCAUUUGCCUCUGUGCUCUGUCGAUGAACACUUGUGCUAGUUCCAUUGGCUCCCACUACAAAAACGUGCCUUCACCUGUGCUCGAAAGGUCACUGGACUCAACCAUGGAGCUUGUACAAAAUGUGGCCUCUGCCAUGUCGAACAUCCACAUGUAUGUUGAUCCCGAUGCCGAUGCCGAUGCCGGCGAAGAUGAUGAUCGAAAUCUGAAAAUAGCUAUUUCACACUGUGGAUAUGUUCUUGGUUCAACCUAUGAAGCCAUGAAUUGGUCCCUUUCCACAAUUCAUCAAGAUUAUAAACAAUACAAAGGGAAAGGUGAUGUCAUUUCCCAUGCAAGAACAAGGUUGAAUGCAAAUCUUGAGAGACAAAAGACAUGCGUGGAAGCAUUUGAUGGUACCAAAUACUCCAUGAUUACACAGAGCUUCAAGCAAGUUAGGUCAUCAACCCAGGAUCUGCUCAAAAUGUUGCAAGCGAAACCUGGUCGUAUUGAAGCUAAGGCUGGCCUGGAAUUCUGGAAAACUCCGAACGUCACCGUUUCUCAAGAUGGGAGUGGGAACUUCAGAACAAUUACGGAGGCCCUGGCGGUGGCUCCGAGUCACAACCAGAAUUACUUCGUGAUUUUUGUUAAGAGAGGAGUGUACAAGGAGAACGUGAACAUCGACAGCUCGAAGUGCAAUCUGGUCCUAAUCGGUGAGGGCAUGGACGUUACUACAAUUUCCGGCAGUCGAAGCUUUCGUAGUGGUUGGGAAACAUUUUAUUCUGCAACAUUUGCGGUUUCUGCAGAUGGAUUCAUUGCGAUGGACAUAGGGUUUGAGAAUACAGCCGGACCAGAAAACUAUCAGGCAGUUGCGCUUCUAUCCGGAGGCGAUCGCGCAGUUUUCUACCGUUGCAAGAUCAGCGGAUACCAAGACACGUUGCUUGUGCAUGCCGGUCGUCAGUUCUUUCGAGAAUGCCAAAUCAGUGGCAGCCUCGACUUCAUCUUUGGCUACGGCGCUGCUGUUUUCCAAAAGUGUUUGCUCACCGUCAAGAAAACUAUACCUGGCGUAAUCAACACUGUCACCGCUCAUGGUCGCUACGCCCCUAAAGACCCCACCGGCUUCUCCUUCCAGUUUUGUACUAUCUCCGCUGACUCCGACGUAGCCGCCGCGUAUUUAGGUCGGCCUUGGGGAAAGUAUUCGCGUACAGUUUUCAUGCAGUCGUACAUUAGCAAUGUUAUACAGCCACAGGGUUGGAUUGAAUGGAAAGGGAAAUCUGCACUCAACACUUUGUACUACGGCGAGUACACGAAUAAUGGGCCAGGUGCCAGGCUUUCAAGCCGGGUCAAUUGGCCGGGUUACCAUGUGAUUGAGAACCCGGCCGAGGCUGAUGAGUUUACAACAGCCAAGUUUAUUGAGGGGGACUCAUGGCUUACAUCUACAAAUGUUCCAUUCAUCCGUGGAUUGAAGGACUAA